AUGCAUCAUCGUACGGCAGUGAUUAGUGAAAGAAUGGCAGAGCGUGGUGAAGGAAAGGCGAUAGGAAGAGAAAAGAAAGCAUUUUUGGAUUUACUGCUCGACGUGCAAGCAGAAGGCAACCUUUCGUACGAAGACAUACGUGAAGAGGUCGAUACCUUCAUGUUCGAAGGUCACGACACUACUGCGUCCGGCAUGGGAUGGACGCUAUGGUGUGUAGCUUGCAAUUCAGACAUUCAAAAGAAAAUUCACGAUGAAAUGGAUGAGAUCUUUGGUUCGUCAGAUCGCAGUUGCACCAGCGAUGAUUUGAAAUCGAUGAAAUAUCUUGAAAAAUGUAUUAAGGAAUCACUUAGACUCCGUCCACCAGUGCCAAACUUUACGAGGAAGCUCGAGAACGAUGUUGACAUUGAUGGAUUGACGAUACCGAAAGGUUGCUCAAUAAUGAUCACACCUGCUAUGAUUCACGGAAACCCGAAGGUCUACGAAAAUCCGCAUGUGUAUGAUCCGGAGAGAUUCAACGAAGAGAAUAUUCAAAAGAGACAUCCGUACGCCUAUAUUCCGUUCAGUGCUGGCCCAAGAAACUGCAUUGGUCAGAAGUUCGCGCUCAUCGAAGAAAAAACAGUACUGUCAUGGUUUUUCCGACGGUACUCCAUUAGUUCACGGCUGCCAGUAGAAGCGAAUAUUCCACUUCCUGAAAUCAUCUUAAAGCCUUCUCUUGGUUUUCCGGUGACUCUCUCGAGACGAUAA